AUGGUGCCGCCAUCAAGAGCGGGAUCUUUUUCACCAAAUCCUGCACAGACUCUGCAGACAGGAAACAUCCACUCGCCCAACCCAUCGCAAGGAGGGCAGUUUAGCUCGGGCGCGAGUCCCAGCACGCAUAGCCCGACCGGAACCAAUCCACUGGCUAAGAUUGUCGUUGCUCAGAUAUACCUGCUUUUGAGUACCAUUAAGGAGGAUAAGGGUCGCGUCAAACGGGAGACCCAGGCGGAUCAGCUUAAAAAGCUCCUCGAUGAUCACGGCAUGGAGGUGUUUUCUAAAUACUUCACCCGGCUUGUUGCCGGCAACGCUGGCCAGAUUUUUCCUGGCUUGACGCGACCGGUCUCGAAUCCUGGGAACUACCACCUCCUUGUCAAUGAAAUGCGAAAUAUUGCUCACGAUGCGAAUCAAGCAAUAAAAAUUGCCGAAUCCAUCGAUUCUGGUACAGAGGAUAUAUUCCGUGAUUUUGACCUGUCGACUUUCAUGGAACAUUUUAAACUUGAUGCUCUCGAGAAGACCAUACUUGCGCUUGCAUUCAAGCUUGGGUCGCGAUCUGACCUGAAGACCAAGGCCGAUGCCAUCCUCUCAACGAACUUUCCUACUUUUGUCAACAUUAUCGCUCGUCCAGACCUCGAGGAGCAUGCCGACUUGACCGACUCAUUCAUUGCCACUAUCGUCGACCGCUUCAUUCACCUUUGGCAAAGGGACCGGGAAUGGGUGACUCAAAGGCUUAUUGACGCCCACGCCGUCAAGCCGACCGAUCUGCCUCUAAUCUUCGAGCAUGCAGUCAAGCACAAGUGGCUCGAGGACCUCGUUUCGCUUACCAGUGGCUUUGGUUUGGACCUCGCAGCUUUCGCACACGCAGAAGGCUACCUAGACCUUGGACACUGGGCUCGACAGAAUUCCGAACGGAGCGCCGAAGUAGCCCGAUCCCUACAACAAUUCUUGCUUAUUAAGGCAAAUCUUGAGCUUCAAUAUCAACGCCCGCCUGAUGGGCAGUCCAUCGUCAAAUCCACGACCCUUCAAGUCAAAACCGUCUCGGCACUUCUCCAGAUAUUGGAAGACUUCAUGCCCAAGGCUCCGGUCCACGACUUGAUCCUGGUGCAGCGGUCUUGUAUCACUGUCUACCCCCGCCUGAUCAACUAUGGGGAAGGGUAUGACGACGUUAUCGAUGCGAACGGUGCUGACGGCAAUGCAUUGCCAUUGGCUGCAAAUGCGAAAAUGGAAGAGCACUACAAAAAGAUGUACGGCGACGAGAUACAGGUUCGGAAUAUCGUCGACGUCCUCCGUCGGUAUAAACACUCUCGCGAUCCCCUCGAUCAGGACGUCUUCGCUUGCAUGAUUCAUGGGCUUUUCGACGAGUACGCUCAUUACGUGGACUAUCCGCUCGAGGCACUCGCAACCACAGCGGUUCUAUUUGGCGGUAUCAUAUCGCAUAAGCUGAUUGCGGAUCUACCGCUCAAGAUCGGACUGGGUAUGAUUCUUGAAGCUGUGAGAGACUAUCCUCCAGAUGUCUCCAUGUAUAAGUUCGGUCUGCAAGCUUUGAUGCAACUUUUUUCACGUUUUAGAGAGUGGCCUGGAUUCUGCAAGCAACUGCUGCAGAUACCCGGCCUCCAAGGAACAGAAGCAUGGAAAAAGGCCGAGGACGUUGUCCGAGAACAUGAAGAAGAGGGCAGCCGUUCGCGCACCGGCCCCAACCCACCCACCCACGCAGCUGCGUUCUCUGCUGAGCCUGUCCCCAACGGCGGUGCUGACGAGUCCCGUGAUGCUGAUCGCCAAGCACCUCCAUUUGCCUCGAUCAACGCAGAAAGUUCAUUCCCCGCGCUUGCAUUUGAGAGUCCGUCGGAUGACACCCAGGGAAAGAUCCAGUUCGUCCUCAACAAUCUUACAGAGACCACUCUCCAGUCUAUGUGCAAGGAACUACGAGACAUGGUCGAGCAGAGGCACCAGCAGUGGUUUGCCAGCCAUCUUGUCGAAGAGCGUGCGAAGAUGCAACCCAACUAUCAUCAAGUCUACUUGGAUUUGGUGAAACUUUUCGAGGACAAGGUCCUUUGGGCGGAGGUCUUGAGAGAGACUUAUCUCAGCGUUGCACGUAUGCUCAACUCCGAGGCGACCAUCACUAACCCUACCGAGCGCUCUCACCUCAAGAAUCUCGGUGGUUGGCUGGGACUUUUGACCUUGGCACGGGACAGACCGAUCAAGCACAAGAACAUUGCUUUUAAGCAGCUUCUCCUCGAGGCACACGAUACCAAGAGGCUGGUUGUUGUUCUUCCGUUCGUCUGCAAGGUUCUGAUUCAAGGAAUUCACUCAACAGUCUUUCGCCCCCCCAACCCCUGGCUCAUGGAUAUCAUUCACCUACUGAUCGACCUUUAUCAUCAUGCGGAACUCAAACUCAACCUUAAAUUCGAGAUCGAGGUGCUCUGCAAAGGACUUAGCUUGGACCAUAAGACAAUCGAGCCCUCGGGCGAGAUUCUUAAUCGUACCGCUGCCGACGAGCCAUUAGAGCUUCUCGGUCACGAUAACCUGGAGUCAUUUGACAAUCUGUCGCUCAACGGCCUAGCUACAGGCGUUAGCGCAGGUUUGUCACCACAAAUCCUCCCAGCAUCAAUCCCAGACCUCGCGCCAAUGAUUCAAAUACCCCCGACCAAUGAGAUGGUGGUUGCCACCACGCGACUGCACGAUAUCGUGCGCACUGCCCUCACUCGCGCGUUGCAAGAUAUCAUUCAGCCGGUAGUUGACAGAUCGGUGACCAUUGCAGCUAUUUCAACGAGGGAAAUGAUACGCAAGGAUUUUGCUACGGAGCCCGACGAAAACAGAAUCCGCACAUCUGCUAUUAAUAUGGUAAAAGCAACUGCUGGUAGCCUCGCACUCGUAACGUCCAAGGAGCCACUCAGGGGAAACUUCACCAACUACUUGCGAAACCUUUCCAACGACUUGCCGCAGGGCUUGCCUGAAGGGACCAUCAUAAUGUGCGUCAAUUCGAACUUAGACCUCGCCUGUAACAUCAUUGAAAAACAGGCCGAGGAGAGGGCGGUGCCUGAGAUUGAAGAGAUGAUCGAAACCGAGUUGGACGCUCGCCGCCGCCAUCGCGCGCAGAGACCGAACGAACCAUACGUCGAUCCUUCUCUUAGUCGGCCCCAUCCUGUUCUCGACGUGGUGGAUGCAUUGGUUCAGCACAUGAUCAAGACUUCACAAAAUUCGGAAGAAUUUGCCCUCUUUGCUGCUGAGCAAAUUAUCCAGCUUAUAUUCAGCCAGGUUGAAGACAAUCUUGCUCUGGAGAGUUUGGUUCACGUUCUUGAAACCCUGCGCAAAAUCUCUGGACCGGGGUUGAACAAUCGAGUGACGACACUGUUCCGACAACAACCUGGCUCGAGCUUCCUUCGCCUGCCGCUCCUGGCUGCCCUGUUGCGAACAGACUUGAUCGACUGGAGAAAUGUUGACGUUGCGCUGGCUAAGACGGUGCAGCAACGGAAAGAAGGUUCCCUGGAAUUCCUGGAACAGAUGAUUGACCUGACCCUCUUGGGGACUCGGCCACUGGCCCUAUACGGCGACUUCGUACGCACCCUGGAUGUCGCAUGGACUUUGGUCCACGAUGAUCCGGAAUCGCCUGUUUCUCAGCGGCUAUUGACGAAGCUGUCAAGCCAAGGUAUUUCUCUGAGCGUGGCAGCGGACACCGAUAUCUUUGCAUCAACGAGAUCAAAAUGGAGGAUGUUUUUGAUGAAUGGGUUCAUCUUCUAUGGCAACCCCAAUGCGCCCGACGAUUCCGCGGUGCUCUUUGCGCGACAGAAGCAGCCAGAGGUCUUGCUAAGGAACAAAGACGAUUUAUUCUUCUUAUCAGGGUCGCCGUCGACGUCUGUGUUGACAGCCCUGCUGACCCUCGUCCUGAGCCAUCAUCAUUUGAAGCGAGUUGACCCCUUCAAUCAAAGGGUUUUCCAUCGUCUGCUAUCCGUCUUGCUCCAUGAAGUGGGCGCAAUCGAAAGUCAAGUCGAUGAGCUUGAGCAGCUUGACAUGCUGCUGCGAAUUGCCUCCCGACUCGCGGAUCUCAGUCCCCGAUACCUUCCGGGCUUCGCCUAUGGCUGGCUGUCGCUUAUCCAACACAGAGCAUUUCUACCUGUUAUCCUGAAGGAGCGUGCAGGCUGGUCAGCGUAUACGACACUCCUACGCAUGCUCUUCGAAUUCGUUGGGGAACAGCUCAAAGCUCCUGAGCCCACCGCCGUGGCACGUGAUACAUACCGUGCGACAUUAAAACUGCUCGUUGUCCUGCAACAUGAUUUCACAGAGUACAUCGCUGCUCAUUCCGACCAGCUACGCAUAAGCUUGCCUCCCCACUGCAAGCAGCUUAUCAAUGCUAUUCUCGCCGCAAACCCGGCAUCUCAGGAUGCUCUGAGUCCUAAUGCGGAUCAAAGUAAUGGGUUGAAGGCGAAAGAGGGUACCGAAGACGACACUCCUAUUUUGCUGAGGGAGCACGGUCUCCUGGGCGUAGUCGAUCAGGCUCUGCACACUGGUCCAUCGGAAGACGGCUUGGCUCACAUGACGCGUGCCAUCAUCGAAUCUGACGCCCGCGAAACCGGAUUUGCGCUCGUCAGUAUCAACGCGAAUCUAUCCGUCAUCGAAGCGAUCAUACUCCAUAUUGGCAAAUACGCUGUGGGGCGUUUGGCCCAAGGAGGAGAGUCUUUCAACCCAUCUUCGACGGACGUCGCAAUUUUGUCGCUAUUGAUGCAUGAGCUGGCGCCGGAGCCCCGCUAUUACCUCGUUGUCGGCAUGGUUAACCAGCUGAGGUUCCCUGGCGAUAUGACGAGCUACUUCAGUCGAGUUCUGCUGGAAAUUUUCGGCCGCGACUUGAAUGAUCCCGACGACACAGAGAUCCGGCAGCAGAUCACGCGCGUGUUGUGGGAACGACUGAUCGGUUUCUGGCCACAGCCUUGGGGCCUCAUGAUCACGGUUCUGGAGCUUCUGAAGAACGAAAAGUAUGCGUUCUUCGACCUACCAUUUGUUAAGUCGUCACCCGAGAUAAUCGAUCGUUUCCACGCUGUUCUUCAGCGUGCGUAAUGAGGUAUACGACCUGCACUGGCAAUGUGAACGUCAACGGUGUAUGCCCGUCUGUGUCUUCGUGGCUGCUCUCGGUGUGGACGAUGGCGGGGUACCUGCACCCCAAAAAUAACGAAACACAGUACGCACAACAAGGCUUCCCGGGAGAUCGCAAAUAUGUUUUGGUGUCAUUACGGAAAGUGACGCAAAUGAGGGCUUCACUCUUGGAGGACGGCGUUAAAGGAUGCGCAACAGGGGAGCGCUGCAUACCUUACGAUGCAUGACACUUCUCGACAUGCCAUCAAUUUGUAAGAUAAGGAACGGAUCACCGAAAGGGGGGGGAUCGUUGUAAGGCUAGGCAGUGGUUGUGGUAGAAGAUGAUAGCCAGCCUCACAGGCAUAGUCUGCAGCAGUACAAAUGUCGUCUGUUGGCCGGUCAAAUUAAUUGAACUGAUGGCUCUUGCU